AUGUCUGUAGCCCAGCUGGUCCAGGACAUGUCUGUUCACCAGCCUUACCAGGACAUAUCUGUAAACCAGCGGGACCAGGACAUGUCUAUUUACCAGCUGGACCAGGACACGUCUGUAAACCAGCGGGACCAGGACAUGUCUGUAGCCCAACCGGACCAGGACAUGUCUGUUCACCAGCAGGACCAGGACAUGUCUGUUCACCAGCCUUACCAGGACGUAUCUGUAAACCAGCGGGACCAGGACAUGUCUCCAGCUGGACCGGGACAUGUCUGUUCACCAGCUCGACCAGGACAGCUAGACCAGGACAUGUCUGUUCACCAGCCUUACCAGGACAUAUCUGUUCACCAGCUGGACCAGGACAUGGUUGUAGCCCAGCUGGUCCAGGACAUGUCUGUUCACCUGCUAGAUCAGGACAGGCGUGUUCACCAGCUAGACCAGGACAAGUCUGUUCACCAGUUGGACCAGGACAUAUCUGUAAACCAGUUUGACCAGGACAUGUCUAUUCACCAGCUUGACCAGGACAUGUCUGUAGCCCAGCUUGACCAGGAUAUGUCUGUAGCCCAGCUAGACCAGGACAUGUCUGUUCACCAGCUGGUCCAGGACAUGUCGGUUCACCAGCUAGACCAGCCCAAGUCUCUGGACCAGGACACGUCUGUUCACCAGCUGGACCAGGACCUGUCUGUUCACCAGUUGGACCAGGACAUGUCUGUUCACCAGCCUUACCAGGACGUAUCUGUAAACCAGCGGGACCAGGAGAUGUCUAUUCACCAGCUGGAGCAGGACACGUCUGUAAACCAGCGGGACCAGGACAUGUCUAUUCUCCAACUGGUCCAGGACAUGUCUGUAGCCCAGCUGGGCCAGGACAUGUCUGUUUACCAGCUAGACCAGGACAAGUCUGUUUACCAGCUGGACCAGGACAUGUCUAUAGCCCAGCUGGACCAGGACAUGUCUGUUGCCCAGCUGGUCCAGGACAUGUCUGGUCACCAGCUAGACCAGGACAAGUCUGUUUACCAGCUGGACCAGGACAUGUCUGUACACCAGCUGGACCAGGACAUGUCUGUUUACCACCUGGACCAGGACAUAUCUGUAAACCAGUUUGACCAGGACAUGUCUAUUCAGCAGCUGGACCAGAACAUGUCUGUUUACCAGCUGGCCCAGGACAUGUCUGUAGCCCAGCUGGGCCAGGACAUGUCUGUUUACCAGCUAGACCAGGACAUGUCUGUUCACCAGCCUUACCAGGACAUAUCUGUUCACCAGCUGGACCAGGACAUAUCUGUAUACCAGUUGGACCAGGACAAGUCUAUUCACCAGCUGGACUAG